AUGCAAUCAUUUCUGGGGAGUCUGAACUAUUAUAGCCGAUUUAUUGAAGGCUACGCGAUCUACGCGUCGGUUCUGUACGAAUUGCGAGAAAUCGACUUUGUUGCGAUGAUGAAGGAGGCUACCCAAGCGCGGAUUCAACAAGUACUGGAAGUGGAGAACGUAGAUCAAGGAUCACAGGAAGAUCGGGGUGUCGACCACCGAAGGACCUUGGAUCUGGAGGCGCCCGACCCUACUGAGGCCACAGUUGUGGUGUAUGCGAGCGAUUGGGCCAUCUCGGGAUCAUUGAUGCAAGAAUACGACCAGAUCUAUUACCCCGUGAUGUUUGCAAGCCGUACUCUGAAGUCGAAUGAGCUAAACUAUGGCAUCGCGGAGAAGGAGGUAUUAGCUCUUCUGAGGAUCCUGGAUCUUAACUAUAAUGCGUUGGUUGGUCGGACGUCCGAUCCGUGUGUUAACCCGACACUCAACAUUGGCGUGGCUCUUCAGAUCCACGGCCCUACAAGG